CGCAACAGGUGGCGGAACGGAGGUGAGCACCUCACUUAUUGUUUUAACCCACUUCGAUAAAAAAAACAGUGAUCAAUUUUCAAAAUUCGCAAAGCCACCGACAAAAAAACGCGCCAUGCAGUCACUAGUUCGCCUCGCCGUUAGCCUCAUCCUCCUUACGUCCGUCCUGGCGAGCGCUUACCACAACAACGCAAAACUUCGUCGCGAUGGGGUCCUGAACCUGUACCCUUUCCCACGCGUGGGGCGAGCAGGCCGGCACACGUGGCAAGUGCCGCUACCGCCUAGCGAAAUGUACUUAGAAUACGAGCCGCUAGAGAAGCGACAGUUGUACGCGUUCCCGCGAGUGGGUCGCGGCGACCCAUCGCUGUUUCGCGACGCGCUGCGUUCAGAAACGCAGAUGCCGAAGAGACGUGGCGGCGUCUCAGAAAACACGGGCAUGUGGUUUGGUCCUAGGAUCGGAAGGUCGUUCAAAAGCGAAGAUGACGAUAUCACGUUCCAGAACGAAAGCAGAGACCACAGUGAUCCAGAACAAAUGGACCCGGUGCCUGUCGACAGGGAAAAGAGACAAACUAAACAAAAUUAAUGUGUACUCCUCACAAUACCGCUGCAAUACUAAAAUAUCCGUUCGGAAAUACGUUAGAGUCUGUUCCUAGCUUAAUUAUGAUAAAGUUUAUCGAUAAAUAACAGUUAAUACCAGUUCUCAAAUGUCCCGUCUCUAGUUGAUCAUAAAUUCAAUUUAUACAUUUUUGAAAUUGUAAAUGCGAACUCUGUCAUUGUAAUUUAAAUAUAGAAUAGUUACGUAUUGUAAUAACUAAAAUUAUGAUUAAAAAUGUUAUUUAUUCUAGUUGCCAGGAAUAUUUCGAAGGCUGGGUGGAUUUUUUUUUAUUUUUAAAUGUAUUUUGCUAAUUUAUAAUCCACGAAAUGAUCCUGGCCAAAUGUAUUAUUCUAUUUGCGAUUAGUUGUUUGUAAAUCGAUUUAAUUAAAAGAAGAGUCAAAUAAAAUACAGAUAAUUUUGUUUCA